UUUAAUCGUGGAUUUUAGCACCACCAGGAACAUUGGUAUGUGAAGAUUCGCAGGCAGUAAUAGUCAUUCUACAACAACAGCAUCAGCUGAAUUUGGGGGUUCUUAAAUGGAUCUAUUUUGGGGGUUCUUUGAUGCAAAUCUAAAUUUUUCUUGACAAUUUGAUUCUCAUAUUAAGAACUGACAGCAACAAGGUUCCAAAACGAGAUGAAAUUCGGUGAGUCGAUGGUGUUUACACAACAACAUCGAUGGGUUUCUGGUUUUGGAGAGCAAUUAACAACAACAAGUUUCUCGUAUCAUAGAAAUUUCACAAGUUUGUCGUUGUAAUUUCUUGAAAUGUAGACUACAAGUUUCUCUUACCAGAGAAAUUUCACAUCAAAAGCAAAUUUGGAACCAAAAAGAUGUCGGCUGCCGUACAGGAAACAACUUGAGCAACCACCAUUGAUUUGAGGGAUGAAUGGUGACUGAUUAGUGAAUGUAUGUGUAUUUGAGAAGGUACACGAGAAUUGGUUUAUCUCCAAUUCGAUUGCAGGUUAAAGGGGAGCUCAUACAACAACAAAAUAGCCAUCUCUGAGUUCCCAGUUUCACACACACAAAGGUGUUCGACAGAAAGCCUGAACGACAGUUCAGGUCUUGAAGUAGUCAUUUCACGUCUCUUCCUAUCAAUUUCAGUCUCCUCGUAUCUUUCUUCUUCCUUGGAUUAACUGGGGUAUUUGGGAACCAGCUGUUGUUCUUAAUGGGGCUUGGAUAUACAAAUCCAACAUAUGCUGCUGCUGUUCAGCCUGCAAUCCCUGUGUUUACUUUUGUUUUAGCAGCUUUCAUGGGCAACGAAAAAGUGAAUCUGAUGAAAAUUGGAGGUCAACUCAAGGUUGGGGGCACAAUAGUAUGUGUUUCUGGAGCUAUAUUAAUGGUUUUUUUCAAGGGACCAUCUAUAUUUGGAGAGGAUGUUACUGAAUUGUUGCACGGAGCAGUGGCGGCGAAUGAUUUAAUUGCCGGGGCACAACCAGAACCUGCUGGAGGGUUGAUUUCGGGUUUGUUGGGUAUUGGUCUUACCAAGUUUCACAUUGGGAUGCUCUGCUUGAUUGGGAACUGCUUUUGUAUGGCUGUUUAUCUAUCCUUCCAGGCUCCGCUGCUACUGAAGUAUCCGGCCAGUCUUUCAGUGACUGCAUACUCAUACUUUUUUGGUGCAAUGUUUAUGGUUAUUGCUGGAAUAUCUGCCACCGAUGGAAAUACUGUCUGGACAUUGACACCAUCUGAGUUAGUUGCAGUUUUCUAUGCUGGAGACAACAUCUUCAUAUCGAAUGUUGGAGAUUCUCGUGCGGUGUUAGCAACGGCUUCUGACGAUGGCACGUUGGUUCCAGUUCAGCUUACAAUGGACUUCAAGCCAAACUUACCACAGGAGGCAGAACGGAUAUUGCAUUGCAACGGAAGGGUGUUUUGCUUAGACGAUGAACCAGGUGUGCAUAGAGUAUGGUUACCAGCUGAGGAAAAACCUGGAUUAGCAAUGUCAAGAGCCUUGGGAGAUUUAUGCGUCAAAGACUUUGGUGUUAUUUCAGUUCCUGAUGAUGUAUGCUCAGGCAAUUCAAUGAGUUCAGCAAGCACUUAAUGUUCAAUAGAUUUGAAGGACUAAAACGUCUUUUUAGUUAAGAAGAUAUGUACACCUGGAAGAUAACUGCAGCUAACUUUUCAUCCAUCACUUUUGGUCAAAACUUGCCUAGUUUAGCAAUAAAUAAAAAAAAUGGCCUACAUUUGAAAAGCACC